CAUGGUUUAGGUAUUGCUAAAUUGUAAGAUGGUAUUAAAAGAAUUUAACCAAAAUUAGGUUCUGUUUUUUAAGGUCAGUGGAAGAAUAAUAAGUAGCAUGGAUUUGGAAAAAAAAUAUAUUAGAAUGGAGAUAUUUAUUGUGGAUAUUGGUAUGAAGGGGAAAUUUAUGGUUAUUGAGAAUAUCAUUAUUAAUAAGGUGCAACUUACUUAGGAUAUUGGAAAAAUAGUUUAAAACAUAUCUACGGAAAGGAAUCAUGGAUUGAUGGAGCCUCUUAUGAGGGAGAAUACUAUGAAGGGAAAAAGAAUGGGAGAGGUAAGUUGAUUUUUUAAGAUGGAUCCUAUUAUGAAGG